AAUCGAGAAUGCAAAGUGAACGUUUUGUAGUUAAGUAUAUAACGGUGAAUAAUUGUUUCGCCUAUUUACCGGACACCUGGCUACGUAAAUUGGAAACUAAGGAGAAUGCAAUCGAAAUAGAGUACAAAGAUAAAAGCUAUUACACGUCCUGUAUCGCGCGACCGAAUCUUAAUGACACUUUAUGUCUUGGCACAACUUUCGCCAGAAGUUUAAACAUUGAAGAAGGCGACGAGGUAUUUGUAUCUUUUAUAAAAGACGUGCCAUUAUUGACGAAAAUUCACGUCGCACCUUUCACUGUAAACGACAGGGAGAUCUUGGAAUUGCAAACAGAAAAGGUACAAUCGACGCUCCUUAACCAAAUUAGAGUGGUGGCUGUGGGACAACCGAUUGUAGCAUGGGUUUCUAAAUUUUCUUCUGUAAUAUUAAUUGUAGAAUCCUUGGAACCGACUGUUAAAUGUGGAAAACUCGAGCAAUUUUCAGAGGUGCACGUGACAGGCGCAGUAGUGAAUAAAGAAGAGGAAACUUCGAAUGAAAAUCAGGUGUCUAGUAUUACCAAUAAUUUGUUAUCCAGAUUGAAGAACAUUCUACCAACAGGAAAUAAUGAAAGUUCAUCGAAAGCACGAGGAAACAAUGCAAAAAGAAAUUACGAACUUUUGCAUAGUUUUUGUAAUAGAAAAAAGCCAACGGUGUACCGUGUCCAUCCGAUGCCAAAAAUGGCACCGAUCGAGGGAAAUAUUUUCGACGAAAUUGCUCGUUGCCCUUAUCAUGUGUUUAUAUCGAGAAAUCAAGCGCCGAAAUUUUCCACCGAUUUUACGUUUUGUCGUAUAAAAAAGGUUUCGGAAGAUAAACAGAAUGUGAACGUAUCUAGCACAAAUUUUCUAACGAAAGACGAAUCACCUGUUCCAAAAUUGUCCACGGAAUUGACCGUGAGAUUGUUCAUCUUGGAAGAUUUAUUGGAGAAAUGUUCGACGUUAGAUAGGAAAUCUAUAAAUGUUCAUUUUCUUCAGAAUAACGUGUACGUGUGGGAUAGUUUGAGGAUCAGUUUGAACUUAAAAAUAGGGGCAAAAGUGAGUUUGUGGGAAAUAGAAGCCCCUGAAAUAUGUGCACCGUUAUCUAUCGAGCUGUUUUCGUGGAAAGAAUCAGUGUCGGUGGAUAGUUUCGAGAGUUAUGUCAGAACUCAUUCGGUUUAUAAAGAAUUGUUGAUUAAUUCUUGUGCUGCUAUCGUUAUGGACGACGGGGGAACUUGUGUGGUGAAAAUUUCGCCCGAGAGUUCUACGUUUGCUAUGAUAGACGAGAAAGGUUUGAAGGAUGUGAAGGUGCAUUUGAAAUCGACGAUAGAGGAGAGCCUUCCGAGAGUGUCUGAGAGAUUGGAUCAGGAUGAAAUUCAUCUGGAGAAGAUCUCUACUAGAUAUCUAAAUAAAAUUUUGAAAGAAUGUCAACUUGCAUUGGACCUCAGUCUGGGCUUGCUUACGCAAUUACCCUUCGACUACGAUCGCGAAAACAUAUUAAUUUCUGGCGAGGCUGGAUCAGGCAAGACCACCAUAUGCAAAAUACUUGCAAAAUAUUUACAGAGCGCACCUUAUUUCGUGCAUACACAUAUGAUCGACUGUAGAUCCUUAAAAGGAAAGAAGGCCGAAAUGCUACAGAAAAUUAUUACAACCGCCUUAACUGAAUGUACUUAUCAUGCGCCUUCGGUAUUAUUUCUCGACGAUUUGGAAUCAAUCACAAACGCGUCGACAAACGACGAAGAGAAUACACCGGACGCCAUAAACGCUGCUAGGAUCACGGAUAUAUUAGUUAAUACAGUAACUCAGUAUCAGGAAACACAUCGUGUAUCUCUAGUUGCCACAUGUGCAGGCGUUAAUAGGAUUGGUCAGAAAUUAAGACCAGCUAGGGGUUGCCAUUUCUUUAGAACCGUUUUGUCUAUUCCUAAUCUCGAAAAGGCGGAUAGAAUCGAUAUUUUGCAAUUAAUGCUCGGGGACAAGUUGUACGUGCCUGGAGACGUGAAUUGGGAUUACUAUGGAAACAAGACCGAGGGAUGGAUGGUUCAGGAUCUGGUGGAUAUGGCUGAGAAAGCUGCGUUCGCCGCUUGGAAGCGUCACGGAACUUCUAAAGGGCCCAUCGCUGUCGCUGACGAGGACAUGAUGGUCGCCAUGAAGAAUUGCACCCCGAUGUCUUUGCAAGGUGUGCAACUGUACAAAGGUGCGGGUCACCUUUGGCCGGAUAUUGGUGGUCUAGCCGAGGUGAAAAAAUCAUUAGUAGAAAUUCUACAAUGGCCGUUGAAAUAUCCCGAGAUAUUCAAGAAUGCCCCGAUAAAACUGCAAAACGGCGUUUUACUGUACGGUAUGCCGGGCACGGGGAAGACUAUGCUAGCCAAGGCAAUCGCCAAUGAGUGUGGUGUGAAUUUAAUCAGCGUUAAAGGUCCAGAAUUGCUAUCGAAAUAUAUCGGUGUUAGCGAAGAAUCUGUCAGAAAUGUGUUCGAGAGAGCUCUUCGUGCUAAACCGUGCGUCCUAUUUUUCGACGAAUUCGACAGUCUCGCUCCCAGACGAGGCCACGACAGUACCGGGGUCACGGAUAGAGUGGUGAACCAAUUGUUAACGCAGAUGGACGGGGUCGAGGAUAGAGAAGGUGUGGCGGUCGUGGCAGCGUCUUCAAGGCCAGAUUUGCUGGAUCCAGCCCUGUUGAGGCCUGGACGCCUCGACAAAGCGUUGUAUUGUCCACUUCCAGACGAGGGAGAGAGAGAAGAGAUAUUAGCGGCACUGUGCAAAACACAGAACGUAGACACGAUGGAAUUAAAUCUAGAGGAUCUGGCGAACCUCACUCCAGGAUUCACAGGAGCAGAUUUAAACGCUGUAGUCACUCAAGCCAGGCUGUCGGCCUUUGAGGAUGCUGUCGCGAGGGCACCUGAUGGAAAGAUCGAGGCGGGGGACAUCAAGGUCGCUCAGGCGCAUUUAAUCGAUUCCAUUAGAUCCACUCAUCCAUCUUUGUCUAGGUCUGAAAAAGAGAAAUACAAAAGAAUUUACGCUAGAUUUACGAAGAACGAUAAUUUCAUGGAUGAUAUGAUGAAGAAUCAGAAAGCCACUUUAGCGUGA